AUGGUUGGCAGAAGUGUUGGGCGUGAGGUCAUUUCAAUCCAUGUCGGCCAAGCCGGAGUUCAAAUGGGAAACGCGUGCUGGGAGCUUUACUGUCUCGAGCACGGAUUGGCGCCUGAUGGAAGAGUGUAUGAUGAUUAUGUCCAAGAUGACGAUUCCUUCAACACUUUCUUCUCGGAGACUCAUUCUGGGAAACAUGUCCCACGGGCGAUCAUGAUCGAUCUUGAGCCAACACCAAUUGAUGAGAUUCGAACGGGCACUUAUCGACAUUUGUUUCAUCCCGAGCAAAUGAUCACUGGAAAGGAAGAUGCUGCCAACAACUAUGCAAGAGGUCACUACACAAUCGGAAAAGAGAUCAUCGAUGUGUGCAUGGAAAGAGUGAGGAGACUUGUUGAAAGAUGCAAAGGAUUGCAGGGCUUCCUCGUUUUUCACUCUUUUGGCGGUGGCACCGGCUCGGGAUUCACCGCUCUUCUCAUGGAGAGACUUUCAGUCGACUAUGGAAAGAAGAGCAAAUUGGAGUUUUGCAUUUACCCAGCUCCACAGGUCUCCACAUCAAUGGUCGAGCCGUACAACUCAAUCCUGACCACUCACACCACUUUGGAGCACUCGGAUUGCUCGUUCAUGGUCGACAACGAGGCGAUUUACGAUAUUUGCAAGAGAUCCUUGGAUAUGCAAAGACCCACGUACACAAAUCUUAAUCGAUUGAUAGCUCAGGUGAUCAGCUCAGUGACAGCCUCUCUGCGUUUCGAUGGAGCUCUAAAUGUGGAUCUCACCGAAUUUCAGACAAACUUGGUCCCGUAUCCAAGAAUCCACUUCCCACUCACCACCUAUGCGCCGAUUCUCUCGGCUGAGAAAGCUUUUCAUGAGCAAAUGUCGGUAGCUGAAAUCACACAACAAUGCUUUGAGCCGGGCGCACAGAUGGUGAAAUGUGAUCCAAGACAUGGAAAAUACAUGGCUUGUUGUUUACUUUAUCGUGGCGAUGUGGUGCCAAAGGAUGUGAACGCGGCGAUCGCUCACGUGAAAACGAAAAGAACGAUUCAGUUUGUCGAAUGGUGUCCAACUGGGUUUAAGGUUGGCAUCAACUAUCAACCACCAACUGUUGUCCCCGGCUCUGAGUUGGCCAAAUUGCAACGAGCCGUUUGCAUGCUCUCAAAUACAACGGCCAUCGCUGAGGCUUGGGCUCGUCUCGAUCACAAAUUCGAUCUCAUGUAUUCAAAGAGAGCUUUUGUGCAUUGGUACGUUGGUGAGGGAAUGGAGGAGGGCGAGUUCUCGGAGGCGCGCGAGGAUUUGGCUGCUCUAGAAAAGGAUUACGAAGAAGUGGGCAUGGACACCCAAUCGGAUCAAGAUUUCGAUGAUCCCGAGGCUGAGUAU